UACCAUUUGGUACCCCCGCGCGGGUUAACAAUCUUGUCGCGAUGCGGGGGCUUAAGGGCUGAAUCUAGGGUCGGUGCAUUCAGCUGGGAAAUCAUAAUGCCCAAGGGCGCCAUGGUUUCCUAGGCGAAUGCAGUGACUUCGGAUUAAACCUGAACUAAAAGUUAUCCCAAAAAUACAUACAUGAGUGACAUUAUUACAAAGAGUAACUCUGCAGGUGGUCAGCGGUCCAGUACUGUGAAUCCACCGAACAAACAAGUUCGGCAGGGAUGCAAUAUCUGCAGUUCCCAACCUCAUGUAACACACCACAAUCAUGCACACAACAAUCAUGCACACAACAAUCAUGCACACAACAAUCAUGCACACAACAAUCAUGCACACAACAAUCAUGCACACAACAAUCAUGCACACAACAAUCAUGCACACGACAUACAUACAGUACACUGAAACGACAAUAUAACAUUAAAUUGCCCCCCUGCGAGGAUACCUGCGAUGGACUCUCGGAAGUCUACUCAAAACUGACAGCAGCCGGUACCUCAACUCCUGGUGGAGCGGCGGAUACCUCGCAGCGCGGCAGGUGGAAAAUACAGAAGACGAUCGAGCAGAAACGGGAAGAAGACUACAAACGCUCGUUACGGUAUCUGAGGAAGAUUCAUGGUCUAGAGCCAUCCACUCUGACGUUCCGUCAUAAGCAUUUUAUGCGCAAGCAUUGGUUCCUCGUCAGGAAGCACGAGUCUAUGAUGAACACUACUGUCGUGGAACGUAUGCGGCCCUCUGCUUCAUCGAACGUUUCCGGAACUGACACCGACGCAAACACUACAACUGGUAAUGUCAAAUACGCUACAGACAAGACCGAGACCGCCAGUGGAAGCAUCGCGUGCUUAAUACCUGGCCCAGAAGAGGGCAAAACUGUUAAGCGGAGGCCUUUCGAUGAUCCUGCCGCUAUUGCCAGGAAGGGUGACCAGGAAUGUGUCCCCCCGGCAAGGGUACCUCACUCAAAUGACAAGCCCAAUUCAGGUAUCAAACAGCAACGAUCUGUCGAUGCCCAGGCGCCUGAUGGCAGAAGGGCCAAGAAAUUAGUCAGCUUGUCAUCAGCACCUGAACUACAGGUGGCUAUCCUGGACCGGAGCAAUCCUGAAGGCCGGCUAUCAACUAUAAGAUGGUUAUUAGUCGAAGAGAAGAUUCUCCGAGCUCUAUCGGAACACAUUAGAAAAGGCGAGGAUGACUCCUUCGUGGCUUUCGAUGGCGCUAAGUGGCAGAAGGGCGUCAAGGUCAUCGGAUGCGGUAAUAAGAAAGCUCUAGAUUUUCUUUCGACCUGCAUCGGUGGCCUUGACCCUCUUUGGCCUGGCAUGAAGAUAGAGCUGGUCCCGAUUGAUCAGAUCCCCCGCUGGACGACGCUGCGAGUGUGGAUUCCCCCUCCAGUAUUGGAGGACGACGCUAUACUCAGCCUGCUUAAAGGGCAGAAUAAGCAUCUGCUAGCGGAAAGCUGGACAAUUGUAAGGGGACGAGCGAGGGAUAAAGGUAAUGGCAAGGACCUCUGGAUUAGGGUUGGUUCAGAAUCCUUGUCACUCUUGAAGUCCUCGCUGGGAGAGGUCAAGUUCGGCUUAAACCAUGUGAGAAUGGACCUGCCCGCCGAUGAAGACGACGCCACCCAAAGAGCUAUGGGGAGAGAGAUGGCACUGACGUGGCCCUGCUCGUUCAAGAACCGUGGUUACGAGGUAACAAGGUUCGUGGACUCAGACUCAGACGAAAUCUGAAUCUCAUCCCCCCCCUUACAAAGAAGCGAUGAAGACCUAACGAUAAUGGCCUUGGAGAUACCCCGCAAACAAUUACUGGUCCUGGCCCCCAUGUACCUACCUUACAAUGUGGACAACCCCCCUACAGACACAGUCCGGGCCCUGGUCGGUUGGUGCGAGGAGAAGGAGCAUGACCUUGUGCCAGGGGGUGACGCCAACGCACAGCACAGUCUCUGUGGAAGCACGGAUACCAAUGGAAGAGAUGGAUCUAAGAUGGAGAAUGGGACCGGUUGUGGCAUAUAUUGACGAAAACUUGUGCCCAACGCCUCUUUGCGAAUGCGUGGUGACUGCAGCAUUAUCCUGGCAGAGGCCUUUGCGAUAACCAGAGCGGCAGAGAUUGUGCUAUCCAGAGGUAUAGAUCGAUAGAGCGAUAGUCAAGCAGCAUUGAAGGCUGUAGUUGGCACGAGUAUAUAAUCUAAGGUUUUGCGGCGCUGUCAAGAGGUCUUAAAUUGUCUUUAGAGGAAUCACAAUCUGGCUUUUAGCUGGGCUCCCGGAUAUAAGGAUAUCCUGGGAAAUGAGAAGGCGGACAUGCUUGCGAGAUCUGGUGCAAGGCUUGCUCUUGUGUCCAUGUUGGAUGUAUACCCACCGCUGUCGAACACUUUCCAUGGAAUUAAGGAGCGUUAUAAGGAUACAUGGUUCAGUCGCAGGAAUUCAAUACCCGGAUGUGAACAAACAAAGCUACUGUGAGACGAACGCUCGAAAUCGAACAUAGAGAGUCUGUUGUCAAUGGAAAAGGGACAUCCGAGUAUGGUUAUCGGAAUUAUAACAGGACAUAAUAAGCGCUACAAGAAGAGAGAGCCCUUAAUCCCUGCAGAAUAAAGGCGUUUGCUUUUUCAUCUGGACGUGAAUUCAUCGGAAGAAGAAGAGGGAAGAUGAGGAAUCACAAUGGGCUUUAAUCUGGCCAACGUGGAUGUCUAGACGAUGAGGUCUUGGCAUCAUCCUAACCUAACCUAUAUCAAAAUUUCGAGGUCUUACAAACGGAAUGACUAGAUUCGUAUAUCCCCAGCCUAUGGGGGGUAAAGAGGGGCUACAGUAAGGCAAAGCCGACCUACAAAACAUUGGAUAUUACAGACUUGGUCAUCGCAGUUAAAAUCGAAAUCUUAAAAUCUAAAUUUGAAAUGGUUUCCAUUAAAUUCACCAGCAAUCUCAAAAACAAAAGAGAAGCUAUUAUGGCAAAUUUUUUGAAGAUUGGUAAACAAAUAUCCAAAUUUUUACAUAUGGGAGCUAUAUCUAAAUCUGAACCGAUUCCGAUGAAAACCCAUAUAUACUAUGGCAGACGUUGUGUAACAUUUUGAGAUGAUCGGUUGCUUAUUGCGCUUUUUAAGGCUCUAGAAGUGACAAUCGGUAGAUCGAUAAAUCCACCUCAUCCCUACAGACCCUGGAUAAAUCCUCAUUGUUUCGAGCCCAUCAGUGGCCGUUCAGGACUGCCACCAACAAUCCAAGGUUGCGCUUCUCCAGCUCCAGAACAAUCGCCGUUCUUGUUCCGCAAGACCUCGGCCACAGGGUCUUGGCAACACUGCAGCCCCCAGGAGCCAGCCGCCAGCGCCAACUCACACCACCUCUGCCUACUCGCCGUAAUAGGCAUCACCCAUGUGCAAACAGUCAACACAGUGGGGGUUCAACAUCGGCGUCGCAUUCACAGAGUCCAUCCGUGAUCCAAACCUUGCUAACCAACGCUCCAACGAUCCACCCGGCAUGCCAUGUAGUCGUGCCACGCCAACAAACGAAGGCCCGAGAUCCGGUUUGUCCCAGACUCCCUCAGUAUCCCUCUCUCAGAGCAGUCCUCAACGUCGCACACUCAAGUAUCGCCUUGAGUGCUGCUCACCUUUCUUCGCCCCGAUAACAGCACCGCCGCUGUACCCUGAACCUAAUCCAUCGUACCACGCAAGCCUACACUUUCGAAGUCCAUCCGUGAUCCAAACCUGGCUAACUAACGCCCUCCCCCUCAAAAUCUGACAGCAGCCCUCGAGAUGUUUCUAGCAUUUCCCGCCAAUCCUCGACUUCAUAGCCAGGGCCUUCAACGUCGCCUGACUGUUCACAUAAAUCGCGACAGUAUGACUGGGUUACCUCAUCUGACUUAGGAUUACAUCGAUGUGACUUCCUAAUUCCAGUAGUAACCAAGAAGGUCGAGACGCCAAAGCCCAAAGCUUCCCGGAUCCCGGGAAGAAAACCUUCGGAUUGCCAUGAAAGAAAGAUCCACCCGUCAUGCCAUGUAGUCGAUCCACGCCAACGGCCUUCUUCUGAACAAACGAAGGCCCGAGAUCUGGUUUGUCCCAGACUACCUCAGUAUCCCUCUCUCAGGGCAGUCCUCAACGUCACACACUCACACACACUUUUCUUCGCCCCCCAAUAACAGCACCGCCGCUGUACCCUGAACCUAGUCCAUCGUACCACGCAAACCUACACUUUUAAGCGCCCGGUGGCAUACCGGGCCGAACCUCACCUGUGGGUAGGUGAGGAUUUGCCGAACCAUAGCAGUGUACAUCUAGUGGAUUAUUCUGCAAUUUCUACCCAUUGGGUUGCGACAUGACAUCGCAUUCAAUUUCAGAAAAGAAUAGCGCCCAGGUAUUUAGCCUCCCGAGAGAGCGGCAGCACCACCCCAUCAAAGACCGGUCCGCCGAACACGCCCUCUUUUGGCCAACACCAGCUCGGUGUAUCCAGGGUUUAUGACAAGCCUAUUGACCCUUGCCCAUGUAGACAGCUUCCUUACCGUACCCCUGAAGGAUAUCCAUAAUAGAAGUGAGAACUCCGCCGCCCAUCAAAAUAACGGUGUCAUCAGCAUGGCCAAACACCAUCACUUCUUUCUGCUCGAAGAACCUGAGAAACCCAUAAGAUCCGCAAAGAUCCCGACCCUCCUACAAUUCCUGAAUUCCUAGUAUUUCCAAUUUAAUUUUAAUUCUUUAUCUUUGAGAAAUAAAUGUUGCAUUGAUUUUUUCCCCACA